UAAAACACUUCCGUGAACUGCGAUUACAUGCGGCAGGAGGGAUUAUCGGGGACUGUUUUACUGUGUUGAUGAAAACUCAUGUGGUUUACUUUGCGAGCUUUGUUGCUGUCUCUUGCUUCGAGCUCAUUAUUGAUUUCUCUCCAACAUUUUUAACGAGCCAAUAUCUCCUAGAAGAUCAGACUUUCUCUGGCUUGUUUCAGAUUUUAGAGGUCGUGCAGAUGUUCGUGCUAGGACCACGGCUGAUCCUUGGUGUUCGAGAAUAUCAUGCCAAACUUGUGGCUGACUCCGAUGCAGCAACCGGCAUGACCUCAAUCGCGUUCCAAGAGCGUGUGCAUAUAUCGACUAGCAGUAGUGUGUAAUGCUCGGUAAAGUUAGCGCGAACGGUUGUCUAGUGCUCGCAGGGAGCACGGGAAAUUUGUUUUUUUUUGUUUCUAUUCCAAGCCUCGUUGCGGUGCUCAAGUAGUUAUUUAGUCUCACAAAAAAGAUCUCAAGGAGAUAUAGGUUUAGGUGAUAUUUUCGUUGCAGUAUUUAUUUGAAUAGGUCUUGACAUUGACAAUGUUUCAACCGACGUCCUGGAUAUCUCUACUGUACCAACGAAGGAAAGCAGUGUACAGAACAGGGAAGUCGAGGAGCGAGAGAUGUUUAUAGGCGAUGUUACCGGAACGUUAGAUGCAAGUUUCUGUUUGCUCCUGCUUCUCAUCUUCGAGAACAACUCGUG